AAAGAAAAUUUUUAAACCGAACUAAUAUAUGUGCGCAUAACAUAUAUACGGUCGUAAUUCUUUCGUUUUGUUUGAGGUUUAAGAUAAUUUGUUACUACAUGUGAAUCGAGUAUGUAUAUACUUUUCCUGUAUGUGUAUUACCCAUCAUACGCACAUAACAUAACAAGAUGACGUGUGCGCUUUGCUUGCGUCAAGUAAUUCCAGUUUUGUGAUAUUCAGUGGAAGGUCGCCAGAAAGUUACUUCAGACAAAAAUCGUCAACUGCGAACCUAAAAUUUUUAAGAUCAGUUUCUAACGAAAUUAACCAUUUUGUGUUCACAUUUAACAAGUGUUUUGUGACCAUAUAUAUUCAUGAUAUUUUAUACUUAUUUGAUUUGACUAUUGGUUAUUACUAAUCAAAUUAAACCUGAAUUGAGAAUCAAUAAAAGUAAGAAGAGAAAUAUAUGACCGCAGUGAAUAAUCGAGCAUCCGGACUGCUGUGGAUUACAAUUUUGUACGAUAUUCUUUAACAUGCGGAUUGUUACACUAAUAGUUGGUUACGAUAUCUUUGACACGGUAGCUGCUUGAUAAACUGCUGGAUGUAGAUAAUUAUUAUAUAUAUCUACUAGUUAUCCGUAGUGGGUAUGGAAUGGAAUAAAUGGAUAUUCAGACCGCUAGCUAUAUUUGUGCCCUUUAUGGGCUUGAUAUAUAUUCUUAUGCUGUGGAAUUAUGGUAACAUCUACGACAUGUGUGUUCAUAACAACAUACUACCCGGGUGCAGUGAAAUAAUUCAAACAUGUGGGGUGGACCGGUUUAAGUGCAACUACGGUCCGUGCAUUAAUAACAUAAAAGUUUGUGAUGGAAAGAGAGACUGUGCGGAUGGUUCUGAUGAAGUAUCUGCAAUAUGCGGAUCUCUACCCUGUAUUGGGACAGCUUUCCGAUGUGAUUAUGGAGCGUGUAUCGAUGGUGAUCUACGAUGUAAUGAAGAAGUUAAUUGCGCCGAUAUGUCGGACGAGAAUUCAUGUGGCGCACUAUCGCCCACAUCAACGACGCAACUAACAAUGGAAACAACACGACCAACAACACCGCCUCUUAUAUCAACUCGUCCUAUUGUAGCACCUGGUACUAACACUUGCAGAGCACCUCCACAACCGCAGAACGGUCAUUGGAAAUUACAUGAAUCACAAUGCCCAGGUGAACAGGAAUGUAACGUUCAAGAAGGAACAGAACUGAUAUUAGGUUCUCAUCUCAUCUACUCUUGUAAUUCGGGAUAUAAAAUAAGAGGUCCGACCGAUGUGAGCUGCAGUUUCGAGGAAAAAUGGCUUACUAUACCAGUUUGUAUAGAAAUACGCUGCAAAGCUUUGACCUCGGCGUCAAUCGAAGCUAGAUGUAGUACAUACGAUGAUGAAUGGAUAUCGUGCGAAUCUCCAGUUCCACCAGAAACAAAAGCGACAUUGCAAUGUCAAAACAGUUAUCAACCUAUCGAAACUAAUCUACUGUCCGGACAAAGAAAGAACGUGAGAUGUAAUACAAAUGGUGAAUGGGAACCAGAACCUAUGCGAUGCGUUCCAG